AUGUAUAGGUUUAUGUGGAAGUUUAUUUACUUUUUAUUAAUUUCAGUCGUUUUGUACUUUAUUUCAUACACUUCCUUCAUAAAUUCUGUGUUACCUAAUCCUUCCUUCUAUCAUUUGUCUAUUUUAGUUGAUAAAUUUGAUAAAAAAAUUCAGAAUAUUACUAUAUCUUCUUUAAAUCCUAAAAUUGUUAAAGAGGCUGUAAACUAUUCAGUUAUUGAUUCCAGUGGAACAGAUACCAGAGAUACAGGUGUAAAGAAAACAUCUGUUCUGAGUAAUAGUGUGAAUGAGAGGAAUAAAGAAUUUAUUGAUGAUGAAAAUUAUAAGCACGACGAGGAUCGCAAAAGCCCAGAUGGUAGGGAGCAACAGAGAGUUAAAGAGGCAAUGUCUGAGGAAAACGACGCCAGCUUCCAGCCUCUCGUGGUUAACUCGUACUUCAUUUACCUGUUGAGGAUACUCUCCAGGUUUCUGUUCCUGGUGUUUGUACAAAUAUAUGUGUUCUAUAUACUGUUCUUUCGCUACGGCGAAUUGUUCAAGGAUUUGUGCGACUUGUCGAUAAAGUCGAUGAAGGACUUCAACUGGCGCAGCCCAAUCAACUUCAUGAAGUCGUUCUACUGCUUUCUGACGUGGCUAUCGUCGAUUUUCGUGUACUAUAACUCGCAGCUGUCGCUGCGCAACAGGCUGAUUGCGUACUCAAUCGUGGUACUGGCGGUUUCGUUGCUGCUCUUCAGAGUUGGCAUUGGAACACGGAGCUUGAUAAACACAUCCUCGCUGUUCAUCGGCUUGACAGUGUACCUGUCGGCAAUGUUGGCCUUUAACUCGAGAAUACCAGGCUCACUGGUGUUUGUAGAUAACUGGUUCGUGUACAUAUGGAGCUCGGCCAUAUUUUUGCGCGGAUUUAAGCUGAAUCACUGGAGCAAUGCCGCUGCCCAUGAAGGUGAAGGUUCGCAGGAGAUGGGCCGUGACGACGAUGCAUCUGAAUCGUACAACAUAUGCUAUAACAUGGUUAAACUGACACACGAGGCGUCCUGCGCACUUGACCUACACCUGGUACUACUAAUGUUAAACCUGGUCAAGUCCCUGCCCUUUUUGGGAAGGUUGUUUGCAAGGAACGCAUAUCUGUCGAACGUGUCGCUUAUGUUCAACAUAUCGAUGCUGAUACACUGUUUUAUGGUAUACACGGCGCCAGCAAGGAGCUUGGACAGUACUCCCCUAUCCAAGAUCAGGCAGUUGGUGUUGUAUGUACUAAACUAUAUGGUCUUACACAUAUUUGGCAGGCCCGACUACUUUUCGAGCAAGUCCAGCUCGCUAAGUUUGUUUCUGAAAUACUCAAACAAGUUUAAACAGGUAUUCAACUUAGUUUUCGGCAGAUAUCUAGAUCCUCUGUAUCAGCGAGCAUCGUUCUUAUUCGCCAUCAAAUGUGUCAAGUCCAUACCACAAUUGCUCUUUCUGCUGGUCCCUCCCUUUUUUUCCAGGCUUUACUUCGGAUAUGUCACCCUAUUCAUGCCAAUUACGACGUUUUUAUCGCACAAUAACGAUUUUAAGGAAAGGGCCUUUUGUUUGAUAGUAUUCACCCUCAGCAAUUUGGUACGAAGUUUAGGCAAUUUUAUGUAUUGGUUCCCUUCCAAGGUUCUUCUGAGGAUACUGCUGAUAUUUACGCUAAAUUAUUUAAUGGUGUUGUCUAAAAGACUGAUGCAAUUAACAGAAUAA